AUGAUUGCGAGAUAUUUAUAUUUCAUUUGUCUAACCAACAAUGAAAUUAAGUUUUUACAAUUAGCAGUAUGCCUAAAUGCGGAGCUUUCGGCAAAUUCCUGUCAAAAAGCGGACAGUAUUCGUUGUAAUCGCUCCGCUGCUUUCCACAAGGCAUGUGUAGGAAUUCCAGAAACUUCUUCUGUAAAGGGCGCGUGGGUUUGUCCCGAUUGCAAAUUAAAAAAACCUAGAGAGGACAACACUUCUACUCCUGUGAAGGGACUGGCUGAUACAUGCCAAAGUACUCGUAGUAGUACGAAUAAUUCAGCGGACAAUACCACAGAGGAACUUAAGGUUGAUCUGAUCCUAGAAAUUAGAUCACAGCUCAAAGCCAUUAGAGAGGAGGUUCACGAGUGUCGCCUAGAAAUAUCGGAGUUCAAGGCCACACUUAGUGCGUUUGAGAUAAGAAUGAGUGAAAUAGAAACCAGGAUUUCUGCUCUGGAGAACAAGAACUCCCAAAUAGCAUCCUCGUCAAACACUAGCGCACUCGAGGAUACUAUCACCGAGCUGAAAGUUCAACUUAAUAACAGGGACCAGGAGCUCCUCUCCAAUGACGUUGAAAUAUCCGGCAUAACUGAGCUUGGAGGAGAAAACCUUAUGUCAACAAUUACAGUUCUAUCUACGAAACUGGGAGUAACAUUGAUAAAAGAGACAUUGUUAACGUGGAACGUGUUGGCUUAG